AUGCACAUUAUGCAGGACAGAGACUUGGUUUAUAAUAAAUGGAAGCAGCCUGGAUGGAGAAUAGAGCAGAAAUAUUCCAGCAAUGUGCUCAUUGGGAACUGGGUGGAGGAGAGACUGCAGUUCACUCGGGAGUGUAAAACAGCAAGCACCACCAAUCGACUGGACUUCAGACCACCGACUGACCACAGGCCAGAUGUGAUUGUUAGGAGGAGGGCACUGCGUGGAUCUGAGGGUCUUCCUGCUAGACUCCUCCUCUCCCAUCAUAACACUCCCACUUCGCACUACCUAGUCAGUUUGUACGAUGAGUCCUACGGAUGCCGUGGUGCCUCUGCGCUUCCUGCCCUCCGUACUUGGCACUCUGACAAAAUGGCAUGGGUACCCGAGAGGUCUGACCAUCCACUUCAUGGCCCUCCGACCAACUACGGCCUGGCAACGUUGAGGCAGGCACGGAGGGAGCAGCAGUGUGAUGGAUUGCCUAAGCUCAGUGUGUAUAAAGAAGAGUAUCCAGUGUACCCUCGAAGUACGUUCUGUCAGCCUCACCAUGCCAGAGCUCUACAUUUAGUGUCUGGUAGAAAAAAGACCUAA